AUGUUCCCCACGUUAUCGUCAUCGUCUGCGCUUCCCACCUCUUCUCUUCGACCGGAUGAUGUCAGGCAAACUUCGACGAAAAGAAUACGGCGCGUUUUCAAAACAACGAAAGCUCUUCUGAGUAAGAGUGCGUUUUCGUCUUCGUCAUCCGUCGUUCUCGCGGAGUCAAAAUCAUCGACAAAAACGGAUAACGAACACGAAAAACUCCAAUCCGCUUUGACGUCUCUCCUCCUCUCCGCGACCAUCUUCUUCACCUCGCCUCUCGCCUCUCAAGCGCGUCUGGAAGGCGUGAACAACCCAAAACUUCUCCCGGAUGGCCCUCAGUCCGAAAAUCUCGUCAUCGACGUUGCCGGGUAUUUAACCCCUCGAGAAGUGAAACGUUUGCAAACUCGAGUGGAAAACUUACAGCGAGAUACGGGCGUGAAACUGAGAAUUCUCGCGCAAGCGUACCCACAAACGCCCGGGUUGGCGAUUAAGGACUAUUGGGGCGUAGACGAUGACACGGUGGUGUUCGUCGCCGAUCCUGGACUCGGGAAUAUUCUAAACUUUUCCAUCGGCGCGAACGUCGAUUUAGAGGUGCCGCCAAACUUCUGGACGAAGCUGGCGAACAAAUACGGGACGAAGUUUUAUUGGGCGGAUAAAGGGGAGGAGGCGUCGAUUGUCGCGGCUGUGGAUGCAAUCGAGUUUUGUUUGAACGAACCGAGCGGCAGAGCAAAGUGUACGACCGUUUUAGACGUGGAUAAAGGCAUAAAGGAGGACAUGAAGAGAGAGGCGAAAACGAACGCGGGCGGCUUCAAUUUGAAGCUGCCGUUUUGA